AUGGCAGUGGGCACCAUGACACUAGUGCACAGGAGAAUUAUGUUGCCUAGGGAAAAGGGGCGUUGUUCUCAUUCCAAAACUGCUUCCGAGCUGACAAGGGGCGUUGUCCCUAAAUUGGAGAGACAACAUAUUCUCCUUAUCCUCAUAGUGAGGAUGUCUGAUCCAGGGGCCCUAAAUAGUAGUCGGAAGAAGCUGCAGUGA